AAAACAAAAUGAAAAUAAUGCGAUUAAGACAUGCUAAAGUAGUCAUAGCAAUUGUUGUCAUAGCCAACAUAAUAUUGUUUUAUUACUCCUGGAAAUCAACAUUCUGGAAGAGCAUCACAUCUUCCUUGACAGCAACCAGCAAUGACCUAAACAUUGCUGAUACACAACAAAUUCAAAUGCAGCUCGCCAAAUCUUCAAAGGAUAAAUCUAAAAAUGCCAACAAACAUAUACGAAAAUCUAUAACAAUUGUCUUUCGUACUUUUUAUACAUUUGAAAAUGACUUAAAAGCCACCAUCGAUAGCAUUUUAAGUGUUAUACCGAAUAUGCAGAUAUUGGUACUACAAGAAGGUGUACCUUAUCCACCUAUUUCAUAUGAGCGUAACAGCAGCUCUUACAGUGAAGAGAAUAGUGUACGUUUUCUUAAUCUUGGAUUUGAUAUUCAGAAAACGCCAGAUGAACUCAACACUUUAGCUGCUAUUCACACUAAAUAUGCACUAUUUAUGCCAGAUAGUGUCCGAAUAACCAGUAAAAAUCUUCUGCAGAAAAUAUUGCGUGAAAUCAAUAGCCAUGCUUUGAAGGCCCCAGCAGUGGCCAAUACUAAGCUGAAAUUGUCGAGUGCAUUGGUGCCUAUAUAUGAGACGGUACGUCAUGUCGUUAUUGUGCCAUUUGCUGGUAAUAUAAAAUCGUUUAGCAGUUGCACAGAAAUUAAAUUGGAUCUGCCAAAUUGGACGAUACAUUAUAUGGCUGUUAACAAUAGUGGAAAGUGCGACUUAUACUUACAGAAACAUGCAAUUUUAAUAGAUACUGGAAUAUUAAAAGAACUACCGGACCCAUUUGCGACACCUUUUCCGGAAAUGCUUUAUAUACAAAUGAAAAUUGCAGAAAUUCCUAGAACCAUUUUUCCACAAGCCUUUCAGGAGGGACGUAGACUCUUCACGUCAUAUCACACCAAACAGAGACGUAUGGAAGCAAGACGACGCCAGUUCAAAGAAAUGUAUAAAAAACUGCAAAUUAAAAGAAUUGUUCGAAGUUCGCAUAAAGUAGUUCCAAAGACUGAAACCAAGGACACUGGUACAAAUAUUCCACAACAUAAUCUAGUGUUGGACACACAAUUUUCGUCCUCUAACUUUUCGUUACCGCAAGUAAUAGAAACAGAUUUAAUUGGUUGUGAGCGCGUAACACGCUCCUGCAUUGGUCCUGUAUACAACAAUAAACCAUAUUAUAUUUAUAUUGGAAGACAUACUCCACCCUGUUGUUUAGAUAAAUUGAAAACCACUUUCAAUCAUGUUUUCGAGGAAUUCGAAAAUGUCGGCAUACGUUACUGGCUUGACAAUCAUGCACUCAAAUCGGCCAUCGAUACCAAUCAACUGUCAGCUGAUGCAUAUGAGAUCGAUAUAAGUUUUAAUAUAAAUGACUUAGAGCGUUCAAAUGCGCUAAAGAAAUCACAAAAUAAACCCUAUGUGGAUAAUGAGGGUUUCUAUUGGAUUAAAGCUACAGAUGGACACUAUUUUCGUGUACAAUUUUCUAAGAUCAAUCAAAUAGGUGUAAACCUUUUACCAUUUGAAAUCAAAGGAAAUGUCAUGCAUCCAAGUGGAUUUUUUGGUUGGAAGGCUAAGGAAUUUGCUGUGGAUUACUUACAUCCAAUGUCAAAUGUUUUAUUUUUGGGUAAAAAUAUUAUGUGUCCAAACAAUGUGCGUGAAUUUCUAGAAUAUAAGAAUAUUAGAAACUAA